AUGAUUUUUAAUGAAGAUGAUCAGCAGGUGAGAGACUUGGGCUAUCAGAAGCAUGCUUUCAAUAUGCUUAUCAGUAAUCGGCUGGGAUACCACAGGGAGGUGCCCGAUACAAGAGAUGCAAAGUGUAGAGAGAAGUCCUACCCUUCUGAUCUUCCAUCUGCCAGUGUUGUUAUCUGUUUCUACAACGAAGCGCUUUCUGCCCUGCUGCGCACAGUACACAGCGUCCUGGAUCGCACUCCUGCACACCUUCUCCAUGAAAUUAUUUUGGUGGAUGACAACAGUGAAUUGGCUGACUUGAAGAAAGACUUGGGUGAAUAUGUUAAAACUCAGCUUCCCAAAACCACAAAAUUGGUCAGAAAUGAGAAGCGGGAAGGCUUAAUUCGAGGAAGGAUGAUUGGAGCCUCUCAUGCCACAGGUAAACUUUCUUGUUUCCUGGACAGUCACUGUGAGGUGAACGAGAUGUGGUUACAACCUCUGCUGACUCCCAUCAGAGAAGAUCGCAGGACCGUGGUGUGCCCUGUGAUUGACAUAAUCAGUGCUGACACGCUCACCUACAGCUCUUCCCCAGUUGUGCGUGGAGGGUUUAACUGGGGCCUGCACUUUAAGUGGGAUCUUGUUCCUUUGUCAGAACUGGAAGGACCCGAGGGAGCCACUGCUCCAAUCAAGUCACCUACUAUGGCUGGAGGACUGUUUGCCAUGGAUCGUGAAUACUUUAAUGAACUCGGACAGUAUGACAGUGGUAUGGACAUCUGGGGAGGAGAAAAUCUGGAGAUAUCUUUUCGGAUCUGGAUGUGUGGUGGGAGACUUCUGAUCAUCCCCUGCUCCAGGGUGGGACACAUUUUCCGUAAAAGGCGCCCCUAUGGCUCCCCAGGGGGACAGGACACUAUGGCUCACAACUCACUGAGGCUGGCACAUGUGUGGAUGGAUGAAUAUAAGGAGCAGUAUUUUGCUUUGAGACCUGAGCUAAGGAUGAGGAACUAUGGAAAUAUUACUGACCGUGUAGAAUUGAGAAAAAGAUUGAACUGCAAGUCAUUUAAGUGGUAUUUAGAUAAUAUCUAUCCUGAGAUGCAAAUAUCUGGGCCCAAUGCCAAAGCUCCGCAGCCAGUUUUUAUUAAUAGAGCACAGAAACGACCGAAAAUAAUCCAACGUGGAAGGUUGUAUCAUCUUCAAACCAACAAAUGCCUGGUUGCCCAGGGCCACCCAAGUCAGAAAGGAGGCCUGGUAGUGGUUCGGGAAUGUGACUACAACGAUCAAAACCAG